GACAUGUCUGCUGCCCACAAAGUGCUGACGGAGGAUCAGUUCCUGUGCUCCAUCUGUCUGGAUGUGUUUACUGAUCCCGUCACCACACCAUGUGGACACAACUUCUGCAAAAACUGCAUCACUGAUCACUGGAACAUUAGCAACAUCUGCCAGUGUCCCACCUGUAAAAAGGAGUUUAAGACGAGACCUGAACUUGACAUCAACACUUUUAUCUCUGAGAUGGUGGCUCUGUUCAGACGUGAAGCUCAAGAGGAAACCAGCAGCUCAGAGCAACAAGCUGCUGAACCAGGAGAAGUUUUCUGUGACGUCUGCACUGGAACCAAGCUGAAGGCCCUGAAGUCCUGCCUGGUGUGUCUGCUCUCCUACUGUGAGACUCACCUGGAGCUUCAUCUGACCAAGUCAGGCCUGAAGAGACAUCAGCUGGUGGAGCCUGUGGAGGACCUGGAAGACAGGAUGUGUCCGGAGCAUGACAAACCUCUGGAGCUGUUCUGUCGGACCGACCACACAUGUAUCUGCCUGCUCUGCUCUGUUUUAGACCACAAGACUCACCGUUUUGUUCCUCUGAUGGAAGAAUAUGAGGAACAGAAGGCAGAGCUGCUGAAGAUGGAUGCUCAAGUUCAGCAGAUGAUCCAGAAGAGACGCCUGAAGAUUUCUGAGAUGCGAGAGUCUCUGAGGAUCAGUAAUGAUGCUGCAGACAGACAGAAAGCAGAAGGUGUUCAGGUCUUCACUGCUCUGAGGGAGAUGGUUGAGAGACGCCUGAAGCAGCUCAUAGAGGAGGUGGAAGACCAACAGAAAGCAGCAGAGGAACAGGCUAAAGACUCCAUCAAACAUCUGGAGCAGCAAAUCUCUGAGCUGAUGAAGAGGAGCUCUGAGAUGAAGCAGCUCUCAGGCUCUGAAGACCACCCCCACCUCCUCCAAAGCUUCAGGGCCCUGAAAGCUGCUGCACCCACCAAGGACUUGGUGGAGGUCAACAUCCGUCCUCCAUCGUAUGAGGGGACUGUGGUGAGAGCUGUAGCUCAGAUAGAGGAGACACUGACAGAAGUCAUGAAGAAGGCCAAACUGAAACUAAUCAAGAGGUUUGCAGUGGAUGUGACUCUGGAUCCUGAUACAGCAAGAAAUGACCUCAUCCUGUCUGAUGACGGGAAACAAGUGAGUCAUGCUGAUGUGAUGAAGAAUCUUCCAAACAAUCCAGAGAGAUUUACUUGGUGGACCAAUGUUUUAGGAAAGCAGAGUUGUUCUUCAGGCAGAUUUUACUUUGAGGUUCAGGUUAAAGAGAAGGCUGGAUGGUGGGUAGGAGUGGCCAGAGAGUCAGUCAACAGGAAGGGUCGAGGCUCAUUGAGUCCUCAGUGUGGUUACUGGAAGAUCGGUUUGAUGGACCAAGUAUACAGAGCUUCUGCUGAUCCUUAUGUCCGUCUCUCUGUUCAGUCACCGUACGAGAAGGUGGGAGUAUUUGUGGAUCAUGAGGAGGGUCUGGUCUCCUUCUAUGAUGCUGAUAAUGCAGAUCACAUCUACUCUUUUAGAGGCUGCUCUUUCACUGAACCACUCUAUCCAUUCCUCAAUCCUCAUAGUGAUAAAAAGGUUCCUCUGAUCAUCACUACAGUCAGUCACACUGAGCAGCAGAAUAGUUAGUAGAAGAAUAAUAGAAGAAGAAAUUUCU